AUGACCGACGAGCAGCCUGUGGCGCCCGAGUACGGCGAGGAGCUCGUGCUCACCAAUAACGAUGUCGAAGUCGAUGUGACGGACAGCGCCGAGGCGCCGAUGGACGACGGCGACGAGCCCGCUGCGGGCGACGACCCCACCGCGGGCGACGACCAGAUGGAGUUCCGCGACGACUCGAUCGCCGCCUUUUACUCGCACCGCAAGUCGGUGUUUUGCGUGUCGCUGCACCCUCUCUACCCCAACCCGCCCCUUGCGGUGAGCGGCGGAGAAGACGACGGUGCCUGGAUCUGGAACACGAUCGACGGCGCGGACGUUGCGCAGCUCGGCGGGCAUUCCGACAGCGUCGUCGCCGUGGCCUUUAGCCACGACGGCGAGCUGGUCGCCACGGGCGGUCUCGACGGCCGUGUGCGUGUGUGGCGCCACCGCGGCGACUGGACCAAAUGGGAGUUCCUGACGAACCUCGAGGGCCCGUCGGAGGUCGUGUGGCUGACGUGGCACCCCAAGGGCCACGUCCUCGUCGCCGGCUCGAGCGACACGACGCUGUGGAUGUGGCAGCUGCCGUCGGGCAACGUGAUGAACGUCUUUAGUGGCCACACGGGCUCGGUGACCUGCGGCCGUUUCACGCCGGACGGCCGCAAGCUAAUUAGCGGCAGCGACGACAGCUCGCUGGUUGUGUGGGAUCCGCGCAGCGCUGCAGUUGUUGCCAAGGUCGGCGAGGACGACUCGCGCUUUGUGCUCGAGGGCGGCAUCACCUCGCUCUGCAUCUCGCCCGACUCGCGCCUGGUCGUUGCCGGGGGCGCAGCCGGUCUCUUGCGUGUAGUGAGCAUUGCGAAUGUCGACGCGAGCGGCCAGGCCAACGUCGUGGGCACGCUCGAGGGCCACGAUGUGGGCGAGAGUGUCGAGAGUGUCGAGUUUAUCGAUCUCGUGCCUGGCACGGCUCCGGGCUCGUUCAACGGUCCCACGUCGCAAGGCGCCGCGCACCUGGUCUCGGGUGCGACCGACGGCAAGGCAAUUGUCUGGGACAUGACCGCCGGCAAGAGCCGUGGCGAGGUGCAGCACGACGCGGCGAUUACCAAGCUUAUUGUGCACCCCCACACGCCGCUCUUUACCACGAGCUCGAUCGACCAUACGAUCCGCACGCUCGACGCACGGACGAUGCAGCUUGUCGGCGAGCAACACGGCUUUACGGAUGGCGUGCUUGACAUUGCCGUCGGCGUUGACGACGGCAUCACGCAGGGUCUUGAGUCCGGCGGCAUCGGCGCAUAUGCGGACCCCUCCAAGUUCAAGGGGUACAAAAUUGUCGGUGCGGGCGACGAAGGCGUCGCGCUCGUCUUCCGUCUGCAGUAG